GAGGAAGAGCAUGAAUCGCUAUCUCCUGCCACGUGUGGAAGAAAUCUUUGAUCAGCUUGGCGAAGCCGCAAUUUUCAGCAAGCUGGAUCUCCGAAGCGGAUAUCAUCAAGUUCGUAUCGCUGACGAAGACAUCGAGAAAACUGCAUGUAGAUCUCGAGAUGGGCAUGCCCCUGCCACUUUCAUGUGCUUGAUGCACAACGUCUUUCGUGAUUUCUUGGACCAGUUUGUCAUAAUCUUCAUUGAUGACAUUUUGAUCUAUAGCAAAUCAUUCAAAGGACAUGCUGAGCAUCUAAGACAGGUGUUCACUCGACUUCGUGAGCACCGCCUCUUUGUGAAACACAGCAAGUGUGAGUUUGCGAAGUCCUCAAUUCCUUUCUUGGGCCAUGUCAUCUCACACAACCAUCUUGCCAUGGAUCUCUCGAAACUCAAAGCCGUCCAAGACUGGAAACCCCCAACUGCUAUAAAAGACGCAGAUUCCCAAGCCAUCUGUGUUCCAGCAGACCACAAGCUGCAUCACCUCCUGCUACGCGAGCAUCAUGACCAGAAUGCACACUUUGGAGUGGACAAAACGCCUGCAUCCAUUUCUGCAAACUUUUUUUGGCCCAAGCUCUCUCAUGACAUUCGUUCCUACAUACGCAGCUGUCACGCAUGUCAGUGCAACAAAGCUCGCAACGCAGCUCCCUACGGCUUGCUUCACCCCUUGGAAAUUCAUCAAGUUCCUUGGAGUCAUGUCACACUCGACUUCAUCACUGAUCUCCCUCACACCUCCUCUGAUUACAACACUAUCCUUACUGUAGUCGACAAGUCAGCAAGAUGGCUCACUUCCUUCCUACCUGUACAAAUGCAACUGUUAAAGCUAUAGCGGAUCUCUUCUUCAAGGAAGUGGUACGU